AUGUUCCCGCACGUUCGCUCACUUGAUUCAGACACGUGUUUCGGACCCAAAUCACUGAUGAACUUGCACGAACAUGCACGUUUCCGUCCGAAUCCGCAUUCCACCGUUUUCGGGCCUGAAGCCCUAGAUCGAGUCCGCUGGUCAGCUCAGUACCCGUUCGAUUCAGCCCCCAAUCAACAAUCAUCCGCAUCGAAUUUGGUCAACCGUGAAAUUUUUCCCUCUGACGAUAGACCGGUUCCGACCCGAUUGUCCGAUCCCGGUAGCAUCACACACAUGGAACCGGGCGGCACAUCGGUCCGCGGUUUGAAAAAUUCGUACCACGUCGACGAUCAUCAUCAUCAACAACAACAACAACAACAACAUCAACGAGGUCCACUGGUCAGUUCUGAAAUGCCAAACCUCAGCGCAAAUGAACUUGCAGAUCACACGUAUCGAUUGUAUACGACACAUAUGCAUAAUUUGGCUCCAUUCCCCGGUUACAAAUAUCCAACCCCAAUGAGUAGUUUGUUCGGCGCAGAUGAUGCGUUCCAAUCCGGUUGUAUUGACGUGAUUAGUGAUCCGCCGGGAUCUGGUACACCGGGACUCCAAAACUGCGCACAUCUGUCCCAUCCACCGGGACAUGGUGGUGGAUAUCACUCGCAUGAUGUGUCUUCCAUGAUUGUUCCAUUCGCCUCGCGUCUACCGCUCGGAUUGUCAAGUCCAACUGCGUGUGAUCUAAUGGCUGCCGCAGCCUAUUCCGCCUCGAUCUCGAUCAGGCCUGGAUCGGAUACGAAUAUGUUCUUGGCACAGAUGAUGCAAACCUCGGAUCCGGGAUUCGCACUAUCCACAUCAGGAUCUGUAUCCGCCUCCUCGUCUGCGUCCGCGUCCGCAUCCGGGCCGCCCGGAGACACGACGACAAUGAUGAUGAUGAUGAACAGUUCCACAACUCGAGGCCCGGUCGGAACUGGGUCUUGUGACAGUUUGGUCAAACCGCCGUAUUCCUAUAUCGCUUUAAUCACCAUGGCGAUCAGUGCACAGCCUGAUAAACGAGCCACACUUAGCGGGAUCUAUCGGUUUAUUAUGGAAAAGUAA